GGAUCUUACAGCGUAGUCCGUGACGUCAAAGGAGGAAGCGGCUGAAACACAAAUGGUAUCUGUAGCUGUUUGCCUUGCUCCAGUAUGAGCCAUGGAGAGUCACAGGAUAACCAAAGUGGUCCUGCUGGCCUGCGGGUCCUUCAACCCCAUCACCAACAUGCACAUGAGGAUGUUUGAACUGGCUCGAGAUCACCUGGAAGACACAGGUCAGUAUAAGGUGGUGAGAGGAAUCAUCUCUCCAGUGGGUGAUGCAUAUAAGAAAAAGGGCUUGAUUGAAGCCUGCCACCGUCUGGAGAUGACUCGAUUGGCUACCGAAAGCUCAGACUGGGUUAUGGUGGAUUCCUGGGAGAGUUUGCAGCCAGAGUGGGUGGAAACAGCUAAAGUAGUUCGGCAUCACUAUGAGGAGCUUCUUGCAGCAGAGCAGAACAUCGAUGAAGUGGACACGAUCAAGUAUGCAAAAAAGAGGCGCAUAGAAGAGAAUCAUCACAAAGACAGAGAUAGUGAAUACGCUAAUGGUCCAAACUUUAAGAAGACCCCAAUUCUUCCAUUCUUUAAAAUGGAAAAAGCAAAGGAGGCUGAUCAAGCUUUGACAGUUGGUCCUACAACCUACUUUUGUACACCAUUGAACAAGAAAAAACAUGUUGAGUGUGACAUCAACUUUUAAAUAUGAGGAGGAAGCGUGAUGGUCUCGGGAUGUUGGUGACAUGUACAGAUUUAGAGGCACCUUGAACCAAAAUGGUUCUGCAUCGCCAUGCAGUACCCUCUGGUAUGCACCUAGUUGGUCAGGGGUUCAUCCUACACCAAGAUAAAAACCCAAAACAUAAGUCCAAGCUGUGCCAGAACUACAGUAGGAAAAAGGAACAAGAAUGGAAUGGCCAGCACACUCCAUACUAAAAGUGCCAUGCAUUUAUGGGAACUUCUGCAACACAGCUGGGAAAAACAUCCAUCCAUCCAUUUUUUUCUCCUUAUCCAUGGCACGGUUGUGGGCGCAGUAGGACGCCCAGACCUCCCUCUCCAGCCACCUCCUCCAGCUUAUCCCGAGGAACUCAGAGGCAUUUCUAGGCCAACCGAGAGAUCUAAUGUCUCCAGCGAGUCCUGGGUCUGCCCCUGGGCCUCAUUCUGGAGUUGCCCAGUAGGCAUCCUUGCCAGAUGCUUUAACCACCUCAACUGACUUCUUUCGAUGUGGAGGAGUAGUGACUCUACUCUGAGCCAUUCUCAGAUGGCCGAACUCUUCAUCCUAUCUCUAAGAGAGAGGCCAGCCACCCUUUGGAGGAAGCUCAUUUUCGCCGCUUGUAUCUGCGAUCUCAUUCUUUCAGUCACUACCCAGAGCUCGCGACCAUAGUAGAGGACAGGGACGUCGAUUGACUGGUAAAUCGAGAGCUUCACUUUCAUGCGGAUGGACGGAUGUAUAGAUGACAUUGUAGAAGUAAUGCCAUGAGUGUAUUUAGCUGUUCUCUCUGACAAAGGUGACUACUUUGAUGAUUCAAAAGUUUAGAUUACAUUUUGAUUUAUAAAUGGAUUCCAUGGUUGUUCUAUGCUUUAAUCUC